CGAGUAUCGUUUCAUCGCUCCGUCAUUACACUUUGUUGCUCUUCUUCUUCUUAAACCCUUUCUCUCUCUUUUUCUGAAAUUUUCGUUUCUCUUCUCACAGAGAAAGUGCAAAAUUGAAUAAUAAUCAAUAAUCAAAAUGCAUUCAUUCGGUUACAGAGCGAAUGCAUUGUUUACCUUUGCCGUUACAAUUCUUGGUUUCAUGUGUGCUCUCGCCUCUUUCACUGAUUCAUUCAAUUCUCCAUCUCCUUCUGUUCAAGUUCAGGUUUUAAAGGUCAACUGGUUUCAGAAACAGCCUAACGGCAAUGAUGAGGUUAGCAUGACACUGAAUAUAUCAGCAGAUUUACAAUCCCUGUUCACGUGGAACACAAAACAGGUUUUUGUAUUUUUAGCCGCUGAAUAUGUAACUCCAAAGCAUGUCUUGAAUCAGAUAUCCCUCUGGGAUGCUAUCAUUCAGGAGAAAGAGAACGCAAAAUUUACAAUUACCACAUCAAAUAAAUACCGCUUCAUUGAUCAGGGAAGCAAUUUGCGUGGUAAAGAAUUUAACUUAACCUUGCACUGGCAUGUUAUGCCAAAGACUGGCAAGAUGUUAGCAGAUAAAGUAGUUUUGCCAGGUUACCGGUUGCCUGCGGAAUACAGAUGAUGCCUCUUUAUCAUAUGUUAAUGUUUUUUAUGUAACUUUAGCCUUUUCUUUUACGGAUAUAAUAGGUUCCUUGAAAGAACUAGUAUCAGGGAAAAGUGGAUUAUUGUCUUGGAUAGUGGAAAUUAAUAGCAUUUGAAUACUUGAAUAUUUGAAAUUUUCUUAUGGUGUGGUAAAAAAAAUGUCUCAACUUGAUUGUUACUCUGGUAAAAACAUAUAAUGCUAUCACAAAAUUCUGUA